UUCCGGGCAAAGAUGUGGGUGUUUGUGGCGUGCCUUACAGCUAUACUUGUUAAGCUCGGCCAUUGGAUUUACACCCAGACGAACCCCAAGUGCAAUGGGAUACUGCCUCCUGGUUCAAUGGGCUUUCCCAUCAUUGGGGAAACCAUUGAGUUCUUCUCUCCCUAUUCUUUGCAUGAUAUUCCACCUUUUGUCAGGAAAAGAAUGGCGAGAUAUGGGUCAUUGUUUCGAACCAAUUUUGUUGGUCGGAAUGUGGUGGUAUCAACUGAUCCAGAAAUCAAUCAUUUCAUUUUCCAACAAGAGGGGACGUCUUUCCUAAUAUCGUACACAGAGAGUUUUAACGAAAUUUUUGGGCAACAAAGCCUGCUCUCGUAUCAUGGAAUGCUUCACAAAUACCUGAGGAACCUGAUACUGCAGCUUGUUGGCCCUGAAAAUUUAAAGGGAAAGUUAAUGUAUGAAAUUAAUGAAGCAACUCGCAGACACCUUCAUUCAUGGGCUAGACAUGGCACUGUGGACAUCAAAGAAGUAACCUCAGAGAUGAUAUUCGAGUAUUUUGCUAAAAAGCUGAUCAGUUAUGAUGAAUCAAAGGCCUCGAGAAAGCUGAGAGAAAAUUACAAAGCUUUUAUGGAUGGUCUUAUCUCCUUUCCUUUGAACAUCCCGGGAACCGCAUACCAUGCAUGUUUACAGGGACGUAAGAAUGCUACAAAGGUGAUUAAGGAUAUUUUCGAAGAGAGGAAGAAAUCUACAACACCUCACCAAGAUUUCUUGGACCUUUUACUUGAGGAAGUGAGGAAGGAGGAAAAAUUUUUAAAUGAUGCAAUCGCUGUGGACUUGGUCUUUAUGCUUCUUUUUGCUACUCACGAAACUACUUCCUCGGCCAUGACAUUACUUAUUAAGUUCAUUUCUGACCAUCCUGAAGUGCUAGCAGAAUUAGUGAAAGAGCAUGAGACCAUUCUUAGAAGCCGAGAUAAGGAAGACGAUGAAAUUACAUGGCAAGAGUAUAAAUCGAUGACAUUUACACAUAUGGUAAUCAAUGAAACAGUUAGGUUGGCAAAUAUUGUCCCAGGAAUUUUCAGAAAAGCACUGAAAGAUGUCGAAGUGAAAGGAUAUACAAUUCCAGCAGGCUGGACUGUUAUGGUGGUUCCAUCAGUCCUUCAUUUGAGUCCCACAGAAUACGAUGACCCCCUUGCAUUCAACCCGUGGCGGUGGAAGGGAAAAGACUUGCAUGCAGGGUCUAAAACUUUCAUGGCCUUUGGUGGGGGAGUGAGACUUUGCGUAGGAGCUGACAUUGCCAAGCUGCUGAUGGCCAGUUUUCUCCAUUACCUAAUCACAAAAUACAGGUGGACUGUGACCAAAGGAGGGGACAUAAUCAGAAAACCUGGUUUGGUGUUUCCAAACGGAUUGCAUAUCAAAAUCUCUGAAAAAUAGAAGAAACGACUGGUGAUAAAUAAAAGCAAAUCCCUGCAACAAAAAGACCAUUUGGUGUGAAGGGUGACUACCAUUACAAGGAUAUAUGGCUUCCUCUAUCAUUGUCAAUUAGGAUUCCCUUUGCUCUUUUAUAUUUCCAAUAAUAAGAUGUUAUCUACGUCUUAUAUAUGUAUGUAUAUCUUGGGAUUUCAGCUUUUUUCCUGUGCAUGGUUUGUGGACCCUGGACUAUCUUACCGGCCAUUUUAGUUCAAAAUGCUUGUGAAAGUCUGAAAGAUUGUAUAUUUAUUUAUAUGUAAUAAAAUACAAGGGUCUCUACUUUAUAUUA